AUGAGAGAGCAUCAUGCUCGCCGCGGUGCUCCCCCAGAGCUUCGUGUUCAUGGAGAGAAGGAGGGUGCCUCUUUCCAAGUCAUAGUCCUGGGAUCUUCUGGCGGCCCACGCGAAGACACCGUCACUGGCAUGCUCGUGAGAGCUUCCCAGACAGAAUGGCGCAAAAGUUCAAUGAUCGCGGUUGAUGCUGGCGCUCAUCUGGCAACAAUCAUACACAUCCUCGAGCGAGAAAUGCCGCCUACCUCUGAAAAGAUACCACCUAAGGGCUACUCUCAGCUCCUGGAGCAUGGUCCCUUCGCCGGCAUAAAUUUCCCAUGCAUCUCUGCAAAAGCAAACGCCUUGUACAUCUUCCGGGACAUCCUGCACGCCUUUCUCAUCACUCAUCCUCAUCUAGAUCAUCUCUCUGCAAUGGCAAUCAAUACGCCCGCCUUGGAAUACGGUCGGGAAGCAAAAGCCAUUGUAGCUCUACCAUCCACUAUCGAGGCCAUCAAGAACCAUAUCUUCAAUGACUGGCUCUGGCCAAACUUGUCUGACGAGGGCCACGGCGUUGGAUUCGUCACAUACCGAAGAUUGAUCGAAGGCGGAAACCCGAGACUAGGGUCUGGCGAUUCACGAGGUUAUGUCAAUGUUUGUGAUGGUCUUGCAACAAAAUGCUGGAGUGUGAGUCAUGGCCGGUGCCACAGGCGAGCCCAUAGUGUAUCUCAUCAGCAUUCCGAUUCAUUUGGCUGGAACCAGUCAGACUACAACUUCCCCUCUAGGAGACUUUCGCGGAUAUCGGAUGACCACGGGUAUUUUGCAGCUGUUGCGCAACAACAAGGACCCUCGCAGAACCAACCUGCACCAAUGACUCCUGGUAUCUCAGGGGCACCACAGGCCCAUUUCGACCCGAUGUUCGAACCCGUUUCUAGCUCUGCAUUCUUUAUCCGAAACGAUGCGACCGGGAACGAAUUACUGAUUUUUGGCGAUAUCGAACCUGACAGCGUGAGCCUGUCGCCACGAAAUCAUAUCGUUUGGGACGACGCAGCUGGCAAAAUCGCAAGUGGCAGCCUCAAAGCGAUCUUUAUUGAAUGUUCAUAUGAUGACAGUGUACGCAACGAAGACCUGUAUGGCCAUCUCUGUCCAAGGCAUCUAAUUGCCGAGUUGAGUUUCCUCGCCCAUUGCGUUGUGCACAGGCGCAAACAACUCAAUAUCGAGCAAGCAUCCUCUCCAAAUGACCCUUGGACAGACGGACAGAGUCAUACCAAGCUGCUUGACGCGUCGACGUCUCCCUCUAUGACUAUGCGUCAACCACCUACGCCCAGCGAGUUGAAACGCAAACGUAAAAGAGCUGCCGUCAACGGGGAUUUGCAGACUACGCCAGAGCUUGCACCUACGCACUUUGACACAGCACCGUCACCCUCACAGCCUCUACCGAGUGGCUAUGUCGGCAACCGGGCUGUUUCAUCUUCGAGGAGGAAGACAUCGCACCCUCGGAAUGGCUCUGACACCAUCGCUGCUCCGCCGCCAAUACCAGCUACACCAGUUGGUGGCCGAGGCCGGUCUGUACAAUUUCAGCCACCGGCACUGCCAGGGGGUCCCAGUCUCAAUACUGCAGUGGGAACUGUAGUGUCGACCCUUGCAAUCGUACCAAAAGAGAAGCUCAAUGAGCCUCUAAAAGGCCUGACGAUACACAUUAUACAUGUCAAGGACACAUUAAUGGAUGGGCCUGAUCCUGGCGAUGUCAUUGUCGGACAAUGCCGCGUCCUGUCAGAAGAGGCAGGUCUAGGCUGCGAGUUUAACGUUACGAGUGGAGGGCAGAGCAUUUGGGUGUGA